GACAAAAGAAAGAAAAAAUUGAUUCAAUUUCGGUUCGUAUUCGGAUUUUGGAUUCUGCUUUUGCUCUGUUCUUCUUAAGCAUUUAACUUCGAUUUCUAGAAAAAGUAAAAGAAAAAAUUUCGUCGUUCCAAGUGAAGUCUUUCAAUAAAAUUAAAAUAUAAACAAAUAAUAUAUUUUUGUAAAUACUGUUAAAUAUGUCACUCUUUGGAGCACUACUCGGUGAUUUUGAAGAUGAUGGUUACAUGGGUAACCAGAUUAAUUCAAUGAAUAUGCAAAUGCGAAGUAUGAAUCGCUUCAUGAACAAUAUGAUGAUGCCCGAUCCAUUUAACAUGCUCACUCCAUUCGAUGCUCAUGGUGGUGGCUUCAAUGGCAACAACAGUUUGAUGGAGCGUGUUCCAAUGCUUGGCGGUGGGCUUUUCGGAUUCCCUGGCAUGCCCAAUAUGAAUCGUUUGAUAAGUACAGAUAUUGGCAACAAUGGUGCAUCUUUCUGUUCGUCUAGCGUAAUUUCAAUGUCCUCCGGUCCAGAUGGGCGUCCUCAAAUCUAUCAAGCUACCAGUAGUACUAAAACUGGUCCCGGUGGAAUCCGUGAAACACGCAAAAUAGUUCAGGACUCUUCCAGUGGAGUAAAGAAAAUGGCAAUUGGUCAUCAUAUCGGCGAGCGUGCCCAUAUCAUUGAAAAGGAACAGAAUAUUCGGUCCGGUCAACAUGAAGAACGACAAGAAUUCAUUAAUCUCGAUGAAGAAGAAGCUGAAAGUUUUGAUCGCGAGUUUACCAAUAAAGCUCGCAUGCAUACUCCAGCAAUUGAAAUGUUGCCUGGCAGUGGACAUCAUUCUCCACACCAUAGGCAAUACCAAAGGGCACUACCAGCUCUUCCAGCACCUCCAUCGGCAAAUCCAAGUAGCACUGCGUCUUUGUCAUCGUCGUCGUCCUCGAAGUCGUCAGCGAAAAAAACUACAGCAUCUUCUUCAGCAUCGACAACGAAAACUACUCAAAAUGUCCAAUCAUCACCAUCGCCAGUAUCAUCAUCGGUUCGACGAGCUGCAUUGAGAAAUGCAUCCAUAGCUACACCACGUAGGCCGCUGCGUUCCCCAUCUUCAUCGCCGUUGGCUCUAACUACUUCUGGCCAUAAUAGUACAUCUACAACUACAAGUGUUCAUCCACACCCGUAUAACAACGCAGCCGCACGUCGUAACUUUCGUUCCAAACACACUAAACAUCAACAGCAACAUCAGGAACAACAAGACGAACCAACACACCAACAACAACAACAGCAACAACAACUAGAACAUAAUGAUCAGCAAGAGUCACAUGAUGACGAUUCAAACUAAGCUUUCGAGACUUAAAAUAUUACCUUUAAUGAAAAUAUAGAUUUAAUUUUUGUCUUAAACAUAAAAAAGUAUAUAAGAUAUCAUAUUAUGAAUUACCUUAAAAUCAUAAACAAAAAUAACAACUUAAUAAAAUUUAGAGCCCAUUCAUUCGAUGCUCCGCAAGGCUUUAUUUUUUGUAAACAAAAAAUAUAUCAAAAGGCGACGACGCCAAACAUUAGUAGUUUUUAUUUUGAUUUUUCUUUAAUUUUUAAACAUUAAAACUUUUGUGAAAUUCUUUUUUUUUUCAUAACAAAAAAAAUAUUUGUUUAAAAUAUAUAUACAAAAAAAGUUAUUUCAUUCUUUUUGUUUCAAUUUAAAUACGCAACAUUUUUAUGUUAACAUGCUUAUAAUGUUUCUAAAGACAUUAAUGCCUGUUUAAUUAGUGUUUCCAUUAUAUUCCAUAAAAUAUUAUUAUUCCUUUGUGCGGUGCAGGCUGUUCAAAUGUUGACCUAUUUUAAUAUAGUUAAAUAUACUCAUAUAAAUGCAAACAACAAAAAUAUUCUUGGGCAUUUAGGUAAAUGUUUGUUAUUUAACGAAAACAAAUUAAUACAAAAGAUGUAAAUGCUCAUAAAUGUUUACAAUUUAAAAAUUGAAAGACAAAAAUAAGCGACAAUUAUUUUCAAUUCAAGUGAUUGAAACGAAACGAAUGAGUGGACAAAUAAAGAUUGUAUGAAUAAAAUAAUAUGAAAAUCAAACAAAAACAUAA